CGGCCGCCCGGGUUGUCCUCGCGCCGCCGCUCGUCCGCGCGCAGUCCGGCCGUUUGCCUCCACGCCGCCUUGCAGCCUGCGUCCAUGGCCACCGCCGCGACCGAGGAGCCCUUCCCCUUCCACGGCCUCCUCCCGAAGAAGGAGACCGGGGCCGCGGCCUUCCUGUGCCGCUACCCGGAGUAUGACGGGCGAGGGGUGCUCAUCGCCGUCUUGGACACGGGGGUCGACCCCGGGGCCCCGGGCAUGCAGGUUACAACUGACGGGAAACCGAAAAUCAUCGAUAUUAUUGACACAACGGGAAGCGGCGACGUGAACACGGCCACGGUGGUGGAGCCAAAGGAUGGUGAAAUUGUUGGUCUUUCAGGAAGGGUGCUCAAGAUUCCUGUGACCUGGACAAAUCCCUCAGGCAGAUACCACAUUGGCAUAAAAAAUGGCUACGAUUUCUAUCCAAAGGCUCUCAAGGAAAGAAUUCAGAAAGAACGGAAGGAAAAAAUCUGGGACCCUGUCCACAGAGUCGCCCUUGCGGAGGCCUGUCGGAAGCAGGAAGAAUUCGACGUUGCCAACAACUGUCCUUCUCAAGCAAAUAAAUUAAUCAAGGAGGAGCUUCAGAGUCAAGUGGAAUUGCUAAACUCUUUUGAGAAAAAAUACAGUGAUCCUGGCCCUGUGUAUGACUGCUUGGUGUGGUUUGAUGGUGAGACUUGGAGAGCCUGCAUUGAUUCAAAUGAAGACGGGGAUCUGAGUAAAUCGACUGUUCUGAGAAACUACAAAGAGGCCCAGGAGUAUGGCUCUUUCGGCACCGCUGAGAUGCUGAAUUACUCCGUUAAUAUAUACGACGACGGAAACCUGCUCUCCAUAGUGACCAGUGGAGGAGCCCACGGAACACAUGUAGCUAGUAUCGCUGCCGGGCAUUUUCCCGAAGAGCCUGAGCGGAAUGGCGUUGCUCCUGGUGCUCAGAUCCUUUCCAUCAAGAUUGGAGACACAAGACUGAGCACGAUGGAGACAGGCACAGGCCUCAUCAGAGCUAUGAUAGAAGUUAUAAAUCAUAAAUGUGAUCUUGUCAACUACAGCUACGGGGAAGCGACUCACUGGCCGAAUUCCGGGAGAAUCUGUGAAGUAAUCAGUGAAGCCGUGUGGAAGCACAAUAUAAUCUAUGUCUCAAGUGCUGGGAAUAACGGCCCCUGCCUGUCUACAGUUGGGUGUCCAGGAGGAACCACAUCCAGUGUGAUAGGUGUGGGCGCCUACGUUUCUCCUGAUAUGAUGGUCGCCGAGUACUCUCUGAGGGAGAAGUUACCUGCAAAUCAGUACACGUGGUCUUCUCGAGGCCCCAGUGCUGAUGGGGCCCUCGGAGUGAGCGUCAGCGCCCCGGGCGGCGCCAUCGCCUCCGUCCCCAACUGGACGCUGCGGGGCACCCAGCUCAUGAAUGGGACGUCCAUGUCGUCUCCCAACGCCUGCGGGGGCAUCGCACUGGUUCUGUCAGGUCUGAAAGCUAAUGAUGUUAACUAUACAGUUCAUUCGGUCAGAAGAGCUCUUGAAAACACUGCAGUGAAGGCUGACAACAUAGAAGUAUUUGCCCAAGGACAUGGUAUUAUUCAGGUCGAUAAAGCCUAUGACUACCUCGUUCAGAACACAUCAUUUGCUAAUAAAUUAGGUUUCACUGUUACUGUGGGAACUAACCGUGGCAUCUACCUCCGAGAUCCUGUUCAGGUGGCCGCACCUUCGGAUCAUGGCGUUGGCAUUGAACCUGUAUUUCCAGAAAAUACUGAAAACUCUGAGAAAAUAUCCCUCCAGCUUCAUUUAGCCUUAACUUCGAAUUCAUCGUGGGUUCAGUGUCCCAGCCAUUUGGAACUCAUGAAUCAGUGCAGACACAUAAACAUCCGUGUGGACCCCAGGGGCUUAAGGGAAGGACUGCAUUAUACAGAGGUAUGUGGCUAUGACAUAGCAUCACCCAACGCAGGUCCUCUGUUCAGAGUCCCCAUCACCGCGGUCAUCGCAGCAAAAGUAAAUGAAUCAACACAUUAUGACCUAGCCUUGACAGAUGUACAUUUUAAACCUGGUCAGAUUCGAAGACAUUUUAUUGAGGUUCCUGAGGGUGCAACAUGGGCUGAGGUCACCGUGUGCUCCUGCUCUUCCGAGGUGUCUGCCAAGUUUGUCCUCCACGCAGUGCAGCUUGUGAAGCAGAGAGCGUACAGAAGUCACGAAUUCUACAAAUUUUGUUCCCUUCCAGAGAAAGGAACGCUCACGGAAGCUUUUCCGGUCUUAGGCGGGAAAGCGAUCGAGUUCUGCAUCGCUCGCUGGUGGGCGAGCCUCAGCGACGUCAACAUCGACUACACUGUCUCUUUCCAUGGGAUCGUAUGCACUGCGCCUCAGUUAAACAUUCAUGCAUCGGAAGGAAUCAACCGUUUUGAUGUCCAGUCCUCCCUGAAGUAUGAAGACCUGGCCCCCUGCAUAACUCUGAAGAGCUGGGUCCAAACCCUGCGCCCGCUGAGUGCAAAAACAAAGCCUUUAGGAUCAAGAGACGUUUUGCCAAAUAAUCGGCAACUUUAUGAGAUGAUCCUGACUUACAGCUUUCAUCAACCCAAAAGCGGGGAAGUGACCCCCAGCUGCCCGCUGCUCUGUGAGUUAUUGUAUGAGUCAGAAUUCGACAGUCAGCUCUGGAUUAUAUUUGACCAGAACAAGAGGCAGAUGGGCUCCGGCGACGCGUACCCUCAUCAGUACUCCCUGAAACUGGAGAAAGGAGAUUAUACAAUUCGACUGCAGAUCCGUCACGAGCAAAUCAGUGAUCUGGAACGUCUGAAAGAUCUUCCGUUCAUUGUUUCUCAUAGGUUGUCUAAUACCUUGAGCUUAGAUAUUCAUGAGAAUCACAGCCUUGCACUUCUAGGAAAGAAGAAAUCAAGUAACUUGACGUUACCGCCCAAAUACAACCAGCCAUUCUUUGUCACUUCCUUGCCCGAUGACAAAAUACCUAAAGGGGCCGGACCUGGGUGCUACCUCGCAGGAUCCUUAACGUUGUCAAAGACUGAACUUGGAAAAAAAGCUGGGCAGUCUGCAGCAAAACGACAAGGAAAAUUUAAAAAGGAUGUAAUCCCUGUUCAUUACUACCUGAUAUCUCCACCAACAAAGACUAAGAACGGCAGCAAGGACAAGGAAAAAGACUCAGAAAAAGAGAAGGAUUUAAAAGAAGAGUUUACCGAAGCAUUACGAGAUCUUAAAAUUCAGUGGAUGACAAAGCUGGAUUCUAGUGACAUUUAUAAUGAAUUGAAGGAAACAUACCCUAAUUACCUUCCUUUGUACGUUGCACGACUUCAUCAGUUGGAUGCUGAAAAGGAACGAAUGAAAAGGCUGAAUGAAAUUGUUGAAGCUGCAAAUGCUGUAAUUUCUCAUAUAGAUCAAACAGCCCUAGCAGUUUAUAUUGCCAUGAAGACUGACCCCAGGCCCGAUGCAGCUAUUAUAAAAAAUGACAUGGACAAGCAGAAGUCGACGCUGGUAGAUGCGCUCUGCCGGAAGGGAUGCGCCCUGGCCGACCACCUUCUCCAGGCCCAGGAACAGGACGGUGCCGUGUCGAGUGACUCGGAGGGGCGAGAGGAGGAAGGAGAGAGCACCCUGGAGACUCUGACGGAGACCUUCUGGGAGACAACCAAAUGGACCGAUCUUUUUGACAAUAAGGUUUUGACGUUUGCAUACAAGCAUGCAUUAGUGAAUAAAAUGUAUGGGAGAGGCCUUAAAUUUGCAACCAAACUUGUAGAAGAAAAACCAACAAAAGAAAACUGGAAAAACUGUAUUCAACUGAUGAAGCUGCUUGGAUGGACCCAUUGUGCGUCUUUUACUGAAAACUGGCUCCCCAUCAUGUAUCCUCCUGAUUAUUGUGUAUUCUAAAAUAGGAACCAAGACUUUACAUUUUAAAAAAGAAAGUUUUAUAGUGAAUGGAUAUAAAAACAAAUCUGUGGCAUUUUUAGUCUAAUGCAUGUUUUCAUCCGCUAUCAAAUACUGAUUAUUAAAAUGAUGUGUAUUUAUCAGAGAAUUUGCUGGCGUGUGGCUUAAUACAUGUAAACCUAGACCUCUGACAUCAUGGUGUUUUCUUAAUGCCUCACAUUGCCGGCAGCAGCUGUGCCCUGGGUGCCAGCACCGAGGACUUUCAGUCGGGUUGCAGCUCUUACAUGCAUGAGGGGAUUUGAACAGUAACUUUUAACUGCAAACCUGUAAAAUUCUAUUUUUUAUUUUAUAAAUGAACAGGGUUUUAACAUGCUUGACUUUAAUUUUUUUGAAUUGUAUGAAGGCCUUAAAAAAGCUACAUUAAGCGUAGCUAAAAUUAUUUAUUGGACUAAAAAGUAACAGAACUUCAUUUCCAGAUUUUUUUUCUUUUUUUUGGCAAACGUUUACAUUCAAUUAAGGGGAAAAAAUAAAACCGGCACAAAUAAAUGCGUGGCAAAUGCUGGAGCAUAACUGCUUCAAUCACUCUUCAUCUUGGAGUUAUUUCAGGCCAAUCAUUCUUAGUGUCUCUUGACGUGCAGAGCAUCAGAAUGAACUAAUAAUACAUGUGUAAGUGCCAGACAGCUUAAAUCUGUAUCAGGUAUUGUAAAGAUACCCAUAUGGUUUGUUUAUUACAGUUGAAAUAAUGUAAACAACGUGAAUAAAUGUGCAAAACCAAGAUCGCAGCACACCAUAUGCACUCUGAUACCUUAAUUUUUUUUAUAAAUAAUAAAGUGAAUAUUGAAGCUUCUUAAA